CGCUCUUCUGCCUGCUCGCGCGGGCGCCAGGAAGCGCAGCCCGGGCCCCGAGGUAAAGCUCCGCCCGGAUCUGGGCGCGGGGACGCAGGCUCGCGCGAAGCGCUUCCGGCGUGGGCCGUCAAGGCGCAUGCGCGCGGGGGCCGGCAUCAGCUGAUCAAGCACUGCCGCCGCCGCUGCGGGAGGGAGAAGCGCUCCGGGUGUGCCGGCACCGGCCGCAGUUGAACAGGCAAAAUGGACUUCACCAAGCUACCAAAAAUCCGUGAUGAGGACAGAGAGGCUUUUGUUGGCUAUGUUUAUGGAGUCUCAGGACCUGUGGUCACAGCGUGUAACAUGGCAGGUGCUGCUAUGUACGAACUGGUACGAGUAGGCCACAGUGAACUCGUGGGGGAGAUUAUCCGACUGGAAGGUGACUUGGCAACAGUCCAGGUGUAUGAAGAAACAUCUGGUGUCUCUGUAGGAGAUCCUGUACUCCGUACUGGCAAACCCCUGUCAGUGGAACUAGGACCUGGCAUUAUGGGAGCUAUUUUUGAUGGUAUCCAGAGGCCUCUCUUGGACAUCAGCACUCUGACCAAAAGUAUCUAUAUCCCCAGAGGUGUCAAUGUGUCAGCUUUGAGCCGAGAUGUCAAAUGGGACUUUACACCUUCCAAAAAUCUGCGGGUUGGCAGCCACAUCACUGGUGGAGAUAUUUAUGGUGUGGUGAAUGAAAACUCCCUUAUCAAACACAAGAUCAUGCUGCCCCCACGGAACAGGGGUACAGUUACAUACAUUGCUCCGCCAGGAAACUAUGACACUUCAGAUGUUGUCUUAGAGCUGGAGUUUGAGGGUGUGAAGGAGAAGUUCACUAUGGUCCAGGUCUGGCCUGUACGUCAAGUCCGUCCUGUUACUGAGAAGUUACCAGCCAAUCAUCCUUUAUUAACUGGCCAACGGGUCCUAGAUGCCCUCUUCCCGUGUGUACAAGGGGGUACAACAGCAAUUCCUGGGGCAUUCGGUUGUGGGAAGACUGUGAUCUCACAGUCUCUCUCAAAAUACUCCAACAGUGAUGUCAUCAUUUAUGUAGGCUGUGGAGAACGAGGAAAUGAAAUGUCUGAAGUACUGAGAGAUUUCCCUGAGUUAACAAUGGAAGUUGAUGGAAAGGUAGAAAGCAUCAUGAAGAGAACAGCCCUGGUAGCAAAUACCUCCAACAUGCCUGUGGCUGCCAGAGAAGCCUCUAUCUAUACUGGAAUCACCCUUUCUGAGUAUUUCCGGGACAUGGGCUACCAUGUCAGUAUGAUGGCAGACUCUACUUCCCGAUGGGCUGAGGCCCUUAGAGAAAUUUCAGGGCGACUGGCUGAAAUGCCAGCUGACAGUGGUUAUCCAGCCUACCUUGGUGCUCGUCUAGCCUCAUUCUAUGAGCGAGCUGGCAGGGUGAAGUGUCUGGGAAAUCCUGAAAGGGAAGGCAGCGUCAGCAUUGUUGGAGCUGUCUCUCCCCCAGGUGGUGACUUCUCUGAUCCUGUCACAUCUGCUACUCUGGGUAUUGUUCAGGUUUUCUGGGGCCUGGAUAAGAAGCUGGCACAACGCAAACACUUCCCCUCUGUCAACUGGCUGAUCAGUUACAGCAAAUACACACGUGCCCUGGAUGAGUACUAUGACAAGCAUUUUACAGAGUUUGUCCCUCUCAGGACAAAGGCCAAAGAGAUCCUACAGGAAGAAGAAGACCUUGCAGAGAUUGUGCAACUUGUGGGGAAGGCUUCCUUGGCAGAAACAGAUAAAAUUACCUUGGAGGUUGCAAAGCUGAUAAAAGAUGACUUCUUGCAACAAAAUGGUUAUACACCUUAUGACAGGUUCUGCCCUUUCUACAAAACUGUGGGAAUGCUUUCUAAUAUGAUUGCGUUUUAUGACAUGGCACGCCGUGCUGUAGAAACCACAGCCCAGAGCGACAAUAAGAUCACGUGGUCCAUCAUCCGAGAGAAUAUGAGCGAAAUCCUCUACAGACUUACCUCCAUGAAAUUCAAGGACCCUGUCAAAGAUGGUGAAACAAAAAUCAAGGCGGACUAUGCUCAGCUGUUUGAAGAUAUGCAGAACGCAUUUCGCAGUCUGGAAGACUAGACUCAACCUCUGUGACCACUCCAGCUUGUCCUCUAAAUUCCUCAUCUCAACUCCUCUGCUUCCCUACCUUACAAGAAUGAUGCAACAGUACUUGAGUUGAUAAAUAGCUCUAUGUUUCCCUGUUCAUACUCAGAGAGUGUCUUUACAAAACAUUCCUCUUUGUUUGUGUUUGGCAUUGUUUUGUGUGUCUGAAGUGGUGAGUGAUGUGUGAAUGGGCCUGAGUGAGAUAAUGCUGUUGUACACUUCUAGGGUGGGAAAAAUUUCACCUUUCCUCUCCCAGUUCUCCUGGUAAAUGGUCUUUCACCUUGGGAUGUAACCACCUGAGCUGUACUGGCAGAGGGGGUGUUGAUCUUAAUGCAGUCACAUGGUACGUUCUGAGCUGGCAGUAGGAGGGGCAUUUAGAUCUGGCACUUUCCUAAGUGACUGUCAUGACACAGAGCUCCCUAUUGUCAAACAAUUUUUGACCAUAUUCUGAUGACAUGUUGAUACAACCAAAAAUUCUUCACUACUCUGUCCCUUCUGCAACCAUCAUUCGAGUCUGUUGUUAUUGAAAUGUGGUAGUUCUACAUCCGUGUGAGAAGGGACUAACUAGAAGAUGAGCACAUACAUGCAGGCAGUGUACUUUUGUACACUGGAGAAAUAGUUUUAUUUUCCUGGUCAAUACAGGUAGGACUGUUGGACUCAGCAUCAGCUAAAAUCAAAGCCAUAGGUGCCCAACUUCCAGCAGAAUUUUAUCUUCUUGCCUCCCACUCACUCCAUAGAAUUUCAUGACACUCAGCCGCUUUAGUUUGUGAAGCUUGUGACCGCUGCUGUCUGCUGCAGGACAUCGAUAGCAAGUUACAGUGAUGCCACUUGUGUGGACCAGUGGAGCCCUUCUGUGGUGGUGCUGUCUGCCAGUGCAGUUGCCUCCAGGUACAACGCCCAGGUCAUGCCAAGGAAAGUCUGUGCUUAACCUUCCUCCUCCACCUGUGUUCACAUGGCCUCUUAGUGGUGGCACAGAAGGUCCCCAGGUCUCACAAGAGGAAUGUAGGAGGCUUAACUGGGGGCGGGGGAUGAACAAGGGGGGAAGGUUGACAAGUACAACAUGUAUUUACUCCUGCCUUGUUGAUUACUAUGCAGAAUAAAGCAGUGACUUUGAUCUUCUGCUCUGUGCUCUGGAAGCACUCUGUCCAGCAGCCAAAACUGGUGUGACCUGGGCUUGUUUAUUGGCAAAUAUAUGAGAGGAAUGAACACAGAGCAGCCUUUCUCUCAAAAUCCAAGAGCCCAGCACUGGUAUCAUUGAGAGAGAAACUCUGGCAUUCUCUCCAGGCUCUCCUUCUCACUUGUGGCAUGUGGUGCUGCUUUGCCCUGCAGCACUCUCUGCUCAGCUGGGUUCCAGCUGACAUCCACUGCUUUGUUAUGGUCAUGAAACAGUGGCUGUUGUAGGUGACACUGUGGCAGUUGCAUGGCUACGUAAGCAUUAAUUCUGCAUUGAAGUAUUUACACCAGCUGGCCACUUUGAACAGUAGUGAUGCAAAGGGAUCUCACACUGCGGACCAAAUGCUGCCGCUUCUGUGACUGUAUCAACUUGCUGAUUGCCAGGGAGAAACUUAAAGGGAUUGACUCCAAAAGGAGCUGCUCCUCCAGCUGAUACUAUGGUAGUGAAUGGUUAAGUUUACAGCUCACUAAACUUUUGGUGUAUGCUGCUUAUUUUACCAAUGAGCAUGUGUGAAUGAGUUUUCACCAUCCAAGCCCUUGCUGGAUUCCCCAACGUUCGUACUGUUCACCAUUGUACUAUGUAGCAUUUCAUGCUAGAAAACAGAUGUUCUUAUCUCUUUAAACAGAGGAUGUUAUAAACUUUACAGAAAAUGUCUAAGGUAAUGCAGUUCUAAUAUUUAUUGUGCUGUACCUGGCCCUGAAGUGUGACCAGUUCAAACAGUUUCAUAUAUAUUUUUGUCUUUUUUUGUUUUGUGUCUGUUUUCAGUGUUGAGAUUCUGAUGUUCACUGUGUCCUACAAGUCUUCCCUCCACAGCUGUGGAAGGAAUUAAAAGAUGGGCAGAACCCCACCACCUACUCUAUCUUGUAUAUUUCAUAAUGUAUGUUGCUGGAAAGUGUGUAAAAAAGAAAAUUUAAAAAAAAAUGUUGAAGUCAGUUAAAAUAAAAUGGAUUUAAAGUA